GGCAUAAAAGUAAGAUGGAUUACCUGAUCCUGGAUAGGAAAAAAGGGGAUUUCCAAAUGCGGAUAAUUUUGAUCCAGAUUAAAUGUUUUGAACAACUGGCCCCACAUUACAUGGGACCGGAGAAGCUCACCGGGAAAUUGUCUCUCUUGACAACAUCAGGCGGUCAUUACAGGAAAUAGAUCAAGAAAUAGAUCAGGAAAAUGGAGAUGGAGGUAAGAGAAGACAGGGCGGCAGAAAGCCCAUCAUGUGAAUAGACUGGAAAGAGCCAUGUGUGAAGCAGGUUCAAUAAUCAACCAGUGUAGCAGUUGUUUUAUUGAUUCUGAACAGGCAAAUGCUGUAAGCUUUGGGAUUUAUUAAUAUGUCAACUGGUUUCUUACUCAGGAAUUUUACUCAAGUCUAUUUCUGUCUGACAGGUUAUUACGAGGUGCUGAAUUUUGGCGACUGCCAUGUAAAUUGUUCCUAUCAAGAGAAUUUCACAAUGACAAACCACAGCAGCAGCCAGGUAGUGAGGUUUGAGUGGCCUCCUGUUGGAUCCCAUGUCUCCUUUUCACCACAGGUUGGGCACCUUCAUGCCGGUUGUUCCAAGGAAGUGACUGUGACCUUUGCCUCCAAUCAGCCAGUGACUCUUACCAGCCAGCCGAUCAGAUGCAAACUUAGUCAGGUGAAUUUCCAGCAGCCACUCGAGCAGGUGGCCGACUGGGACGACCGGAGGAGGACAUUGCAGUGGCAGAGUUCUCCCAAACAGGCCUCAGGAGCACCACAGCAGCACAAGAAGAAGAAGGUGAUGAAGACGGAUCCUGAACCCUGCUGCUCUGUUGACUAUGUGAAGUUCAGCUGCAGCAACGACACCAUCCACUUCAAAGACAGCAUGCUUUACCAAACCAGGCUCCACCAAGAUUGUGCUCCCCCCUCCUGUAGUCCAGACAUUGGUCGUGGUGGUGAAGAAGGGAGUUGAUGAAAAUGAAAACCAAGGAUGAGUGAAGAAUGCAUGAUAGCUGGCUGGAAGUGCCUUGGGGGGAGGAGGGUCGCAUCCGGUUUUGCGCUGAAAUGACACCUGACAGCAACAACGGAGAGAAGCCCUUUAAAGGUUUGACAGCAACAAUAUGAUUGGUUUAGAGACACAGCACCGCCUCUGGUUGGUUAUAUACACCUAGAUGCUGGAAAUCUCAGCUGAUAGCAUAAUGCCAUGAAUUACGCAUGGCAUAAAGGGAGUCUUCCUUCCUUGAACUACCGCUUAAGCUCCAUAACCAGAAAGCGUCAUAUUCCAUGUCUCCAUCAAGGCAAAUUGGUGCAUCCAAAUGUUAUUUGAAAUGCGUAAAUUAUGUAAAUUCUUUGUAAUCAUCCAAAAUAACGAUACGUGCAAUGCCAUGAGUGGGGAACGCGCUGUGCAUUGAGUGGAACGAAUUUGACAGUCACUCACUGGCACAUUUUUUUUCCCCAGUCCGUCCCUGGUGCACAUCCUACUAUGAUGAAGUUAAAAUGUGUAACACGCACCGCGCAAGGGCAUGUUAAGGUCACCCAGCUGUAAUGAUUUUGCUAUUGGCCAGUUUCUGACUUUUCAGAAAAACGCAAGGACACGCACACUCAUGCGUGCCGUUUCACCCCUUCUUGCGUGCAUCGUCAAUUUUUCUAGACUAGGGACAAAAGCUUCGCAAGCCUCACGCAGCCUGCAAGGCUGUGGUUGGUGUAAUGGCAAAAAUAUAUGUAACCAUGGGAAAAGAACUGUUUUUGUAGUGUUUCCCACUGAUAAGAUGUCCCCAGUGUCCUGGCUGCAGAGACUCAACACGUUGAUUGAAUGUAAGCAAGUUUUCUGUUGAUGCCACCUGUAACUGAACUGAGGUACAAGAACCGCCUGGCCCUGAUGUGAAGGGGGAAGGUUCUUGGCAAUCUACUGAGCACGUUGCU